AUGGUAGGGAAACCUUCCUCCUUCUUUAACAGCUUUAUAUGCAAUUCAUUACAAACACAUAAAACGAACAGAAAAAUGGCCCAACUUUCAGAAUUAGAAGUAUUUCGAAAAACUGUUUAUGCUGAAGCAAGAGGAGAAUCUGUCGAAGGUCAAGAAUGGGUUGCUUGGGUUAUUAAGAAUCGAGCAAGUCAGAAUCGAUCUUACUGGGGUGGACCUACAAUAAAAGGUGUUUGUUUACAUCCCCGUCAAUUUGAAUGUUGGAAUGGUGUAGAUGAUAUUUAUAUCGGUGAACCAGAAGUGUAUCGGAAAGUGUGUAAAGUAGUUGAUGCUAUUUACCGUGCUAAUCCUAGUGAUGAUCCAACGAAUGGAACUGACCACUAUCAUAAUCCGGACAAAGAAGAUACUCCAUCAUGGGUUCAUAAUUGUGUAUUCGUAAAGAAAAUCGGAAAUCAUACAUUUUACAAAAGCAAAUCUUGA